AUGCUCAUCUUGGUCGCUGGCAUUACUGGCUUCGUUGGUGUUCCGUGCGCCAGGGCUGCUCUUGCGCGUGGGCACAAAGUCCGGGGCCUGGCUCGAGAUGUUAAUAGAGUCCCUGACGAUGUCCGCGAUCAGCUCGAAGGUUUUGAGACUUUGUCCGGCAUCUAUGAUAUUGAUGCAAUGGAUGGGCCGGCGGCAGAGCGCGCAGGAGUCAAGGUAUUCCACGCCAGUUCUUGGAAUUAUGACUGGAGACUUUCCCCGGGAACGCAUGAGAUUUAUGAUGACAUCAGGGCCUUUGCUCAUCAUGCUGAGGUCAGUUCGUCUAUCAGGCCGAUUUACAUGUUCACCGGCGCUAUCGCCGACUAUUAUUUCUUUAAGAGCCCGUCCGAUUGGGAUACAGAGACGAAAACGUUCAGCUUCCAUGGACCUUCCACAUUCUGCACUCGCUACACCACAGCGGAGGAUAUAGGCAACUACGUACUGGAAGCGGUCACUGCUCCGGAUGCUGCCAAUGGAGGAUAUAUCUUUGUACAGAGCUUCGAGGCUUCUCCGGAAGAUAUCAUCAAGACGUACAAUACUACCAAAGAAGGAAGGGUCACGGCGAAGCUUAAUUGCUUGGGAACUCUGGCGGAUGCGAAGGCGAAGUUGGAUAACGGCAGAGCCAAUUAUGGGAAGAAAGAGUGGUAUAAGUAUAUCUGGUACUGUUACCAGUAUCACAUCCCGUCUCGCUCUUGGGAUUACGAACCAGUGGAUGUUGCCCGCUUCCCGAGCGUCAAGCAAAGCAGCUUGGAACAGUUUUUCCGCCAACACCCAGCCAUUUAA